GUUUGGAAUGCUGUAUCCUGCAUAUUAUUCAUACAAAGCUGUGAAAGCAAAAAAUGUGAAAGAAUAUGUUCGAUGGAUGAUGUACUGGAUUGUUUUUGCUCUCUAUACUGUAAUUGAAACAGUGGCAGAUCAAACAGUUGCUUGGUUCCCCCUGUACUAUGAGCUGAAGAUUGCUUUUGUCAUAUGGUUGCUCUCCCCCUAUACCAAAGGAGCAAGUUUAAUAUAUAGAAAAUUUCUUCAUCCACUUCUUUCUUCAAAGGAAAGGGAGAUUGAUGAUUACAUUAUACAAGCAAAAGAACGAGGCUAUGAAACUAUGGUAAACUUUGGACGGCAAGGUUUAAACUUAGCAGCAACUGCAGCUGUCACUGCAGCAGUGAAGAGUCAAGGAGCAAUAACGGAGCGGUUACGAAGCUUCAGUAUGCAUGACUUAACAGCUAUUCAAGGUGAUGAGCCUGUGGGACAAAGACCAUACCAAACUCUACCAGAAACAAAAAAGAGAAGUAAGCCAGCAUCCAGCGAAUCAGCAGGGUAUGCAAUUCCACUGAAGGAUGGGGAUGAGAAAACAGAUGAAGAGACGGGGCCGUACUCAGAUGACGAGAUGUUAACACACAAAGGACUUCGGAGAUCGCAAAGCAUGAAAUCCGUGAAAACUAUCAAAGGCCGUAAAGAGGUGCGGUAUGGAUCACUGAAAUAUAAAGUGAAGAAACGACCACAAGUGUAUUUUUAGCCACCUGCACCCCAAGAACUACAAGAAAAAUUAUGCUAAUGCAUUGACUUCAAUUUUAAACAUUAUAUAUUCAACAUUUACACGUUAAGAUAAUACUUUAAGUUGUGCUGGUGAUAGGGUUUAUUUCAUCAAUUUAAAUCAUUUUUAUUUCUUUACCAGAUACUUCCCAAUCUUGACUACUAAAGAUAGUUAUGUAAAGUUUAUUAAUACAUAUACCAAAAUUAUUAAAAUCCAUGUUGUCUAUUUAAAAUCCCCAACAAUAUUAAGUGCCUUGGAUAUAAGAUGAAAAAUAAACCCACAGUAUACUUGAAAAGAGUGUUUUUGUGGUUCAGGGUAUAUCACCUUCAUGGUAUUGUAUUGUUUACCUCUAUUUAUGUUGAAUACAUGACCUGCAGAUAAUAAUUAAAACAGACCUCUGACCUAUCAGUUAUAUAACAAGGGCAUAAUGUAAGAUGAUAAAGCACGUUUUAUAUAUUCUUUAAAAUUUUUACCUUGAUAAUGCUUUCAAGUUUUUGUACCAUCAUGGGAAAGUUUUUAAACAAAUACUUCAAAACCAGGUAUCCACAUAGCACUUUUAUCCAUGAAUAGUUUUGCGCACUUGAAAAUUGUUUACUUACAUCAUGGCUGUACAUUUAUUUUAAACUUUACUGACACUGUCUUAUUGUUUAUCAUAGUCUGACGUGUCACAUUUAUGCCUUGAAUUUCAUCAUCUCUUUUCUCGUGGAUUUCAUUUGUUAAAUGUUUCAUUUUAGCAAUACGAAAAAUAGCUAAUUGUUCGGUUUUAACUGUUUAAUUACCUUCUUUACAAAUAAGAAAUUAUUUUAAACAUUAAUAAAUUUCCCUUAUUUAGCUGUACAUUGUAGUGGAAUUGAACAUAUUUUUGUUAACAUUAGUGACAUUUUCAGCUUUUAUAAAAUGCUGGCUUGUCCAAUAGCAGAGACCAUUCGAGCAUGCAAGGUCUCUGUAACUCUUAAAAUUAACCAACAGCCAAUCAAUCUACUUUACAAGCUUGGUGUUUAGAUAUGCUACUGGCUUAUAAAUCUGACAUUGAUUAGAAUUAUUUGAAUCGCUUUUCUCUUAGCUGAGACAGUCUCCUAAAGAGCAAUGUAAUGCAAAAUGCGUAUUUAGAAAGGGUUAGAACAAUAUUAAUUUCUAAUCUGAGGGAUUUUACAUUAUUGAACUUUGAGACUCUUAGGUUACAUUGAUAACUAUGCAUUAUGAACCAUAGUCAACUUAUUUUUGGUGAGGGUUAUAGUGAUCAAUAGUCAUACUUAAGUAUUCCACUUAUUUGUCUAAAAGGAGAAAAAAUUAGAAAGAUUUGUAGGAUCUUACCUCUUUCUGCCUUUCAAGCGAUGAAGCCAGCUGGUAAUGUAUAUUCAGGACCUCUUCAGAGUUUUGACUGAGAAGAGGAUAUUUACUCAGAAGUACUUUAGUAUAGAAUCCACUCCCAGCAACCAUUUGUUUUAUUUAGCACAAUUCAUAGAUUGCCUCUUGGUACUAGCUUUAAACUGUUUUCUAGGUUAGCUCAUUCUUAAUAUAUAACACUAACUAAAAUGAACUAAGCUUCUUUUCCUCUAAAGUUUAACUCUACGAAUAUCUUCAUCUUCUUUACCAUGACUAAUUUUUCAGCUUCUUUGCUUCUGAAGGAUGGGGGGUGAGGGGUACUUCAAUUUCUAUUCAAAAUUCUUAUAAAUUCUCAUUAUAAACUCUUGUAAAAAGGUUUUGUUUAUAUUAUCUAUAUCUGGUCUUUACAAUAGAACUCCCAAGGUGGUGCCAACAGCUAACACGCUUAGCUGCUAACCAAAAAUCUGGAAGUUUGAGUUAACGUCAGAAUGAAGACCUGGGGAUCUACUUCCAAAACUUCAGCCACCUUAAACCCUAUGAGUGCCACUGUGCCCUGACACACAGAGGGUCACCCUGAGCCAGGGUCUACUUAUGACAACUGGUUUUAGCCUCCUUAAUGUACAUGUGAGCAUGCUGUGUUUUUGACCAAAAAACCAAAAUCGUGUCUUCCCACAUUGCCUGAUGAGGCCAUGAGAGUGACUGCGUCAAAAACGUUUAUAUCUGGGAGCUUGUUUACCUAUGUCUUUUUCAAGUCUAAUCUCAGUACCAAACCUUUAAUUAUAGCAAACUCAUAAAUACUAUUUUCCAUUAUCCCUCUAUCUUUUAAGAAUCAAAAUAGUCAAUCAAACAUAACACCAGUCAGGAGGCGGUAGCAAAAGUCCUGUUGAAUAGUCUCGAUAUUUCUACUGUGACAUCCAUAUCCACAUUGGGUGUCAGUUUGUUUGUCUGCCAUUUCCUCUUCCUCCUCCUUUUACAUUGCUUAAAUUUUAGUUUUCUCCAUAUGUUUGUUUUGGCAUAUUGUUUCCUCUGUACUUUGUAUAAUAAACACAUACACUUUAUAUUCUUCUAAAGUAAGGCAGCUCAUUAGCUUUCUCUGCUCAGUUUUCAGGUUUUGAAAGAGGUAACAUCUCUAGAGCCAUCGUGCCUUGCUUCCCCCACCACCCUUCUUUCAUGAGCAUCAGAUCCACAAGCCUAGUUAUGUCACUAUUGGGUAGCCAGUUAAUGUAUUCAGAAUCUACAGCAGGUGUUUUAUUUUAUUAUAUACUCAUUCAACAUAUUCAUUAAUAUUAGCUAUUAACAGAGUUUGUUUCAAAGUAAGAAUGGAUAUUCUUUAUCAUAUUUAUCCUAGAAUAAAGAGGCCAGAAAUUAGUCUUAAUGCUAUGUAAUUAUGAACACCCACCUAAGUCCUGUGUAAAGUCCCCUGCAAACGCUUCACUAUAUAUGUGGAUUUGGGCAGGAAAUAGUGCCGAUAUUAUUCAUUAUAAAUACUUGAUUAAGCUGAUUGGUAGAACAAAAUUAUUAAGGUGUGUUCAGGGAGUUUAAUCCAUAUAUCACCACCAAAGAUUUCUACAGUAUUAUAAAAAAUGUAAAUAUUCCAAAUUUCUGUUUUACUUGGAUUAGAUAAAACAUGUUUUUCUUAUUGUUUUCUGAAGUAUCAAAGUUUAUGCUUUUGGAAAAUGCUUGAACUUUUAUGUUUAAAAAUAUACAGUACUCUUAGGAUAAAUAUCAGUAAUUGAUAUUUUAAUUGGAAUUUACUAAAUUUUCAUUUUUGUUAUCUUUUAUCAGGAAAAUUAAGGAGUUACAUAUUUUUAUGUAAGUUCCUGUGUUUUCUCUGGUGUCAUUCAAUUCAUUGCAAAGCAAUUAGGUAAAUAUUGAGACGUUCAUUGUUAUUAUGAGAUACAGUUACUUCACAUCACACUUAAGAUUAAACUUUCUGAAAAGAAAAUACAGGUUUUUUUCCUAAGUGUUUUUAGAUUUAAUUUUGUGGUAGUACCUUUCAGAUUUAAUGAAUAUUAACUCUUUUUUAAACACUAUUACUUAACAUUUUCUCUUCUAACACUUUUGAAGUCUGUUUACUGUAAUAGUUAAGAGAAUACAGUUUUACAAGUUGUUAAGCCAUUUGUAAAGGCUAUCUUUAAAACCAGAAAGUGGGGAAUUUUAUAAGUAUGGUAUUUUGACUUCUUUGUUAUGGAAAUAAACUCAUUUUAUUAGUGA